AUGAUUGUUAAAUUCAGUUUGCUCAUUGUUCCUAACAAGAAUGGUGGUUUUGGCAUUGAAUUUCAUUUGGUGGAUUGCUCCUUCUACAUGGAUUUUAAAAAGUUGACCACAAAAUAUAAUCCCGAACUGAUGAAAAAUGUUUCCCUAAAAUUAAUUAAAUUCAACAAACACAAUGCCAUAAAUGGCUCAUUCACCUUUGCUGAAAAUAUUAGAGAUUUUCAAUUUAUAAAUCAAGUCGAUUCGAGGAAACGCAAUGGAAAACGUUGGCUAGUCUACAAUGUGACCAUCAAUGGCUGUCAAAUUUUGGAAAAUACUCUGGGUAAAAGUAAUCCCAUCUUUGAUGUUCUCAUGAAUGAGGUACGAAAAAGUAUCAAAAAUCUACCACGUCGAUGUCCAUUGAAAAAGGACACAGAAAUUUCAUUAUUGAAUUUAUACUACAAUGAGGAAAUGUUCCCGCCAUAUUUACCGAGCGGAACGUUUGACACGUUCUUAAUGUUAACGAGUAAAAAGAAAAUGAUGUUGCAGAUCGAAACAAUUACCUAUGUGGAGGCGAGGAAUAGUGAAAGCCAUCGUAGAAGGAAAUUAGAAUAA